AUGGCGCGAUUGGUUGCUUUGAAAAUUGCCGAUUUAAAGAGAGAGCUGGAGGAAAGAGAGUGCGACACGGCUGGAAAGAAAGCAGAAUUGCAGGAGCGGCUUCGGCAAGCACUGAUUGAGGAAGGUGAGGACCCGGAUAUUUUCAUUUUUACCGGGGGAUAUUGGUUUAAUGCUGCAAAACCUUUCGACCAAGUUAGGAAACAAGUUAGUGGAAAAUUGUGCCAACCUAGAAGGAGUUACACGAAAGUACAACCAAAUUAG